UGAACAUCAAAUUUAACAUCUCUCUCCCAUCCACAGUUGAUCUCCUCCAAACCCAUGCACCUCCAAAAAAAGGAAAACAGAGCCAUGCAGCUUAUCAGUCAACAGUCACUUGGACAGUCAAUAUACAACUAGGUGAUAUAUUUUUUUUGACUGAAAGAUGGACUUGAUCGUUAUGGAAUAGAAAAGAUUUCUUUUGAUACAGAUACUCAGUCAUAAUGACAUUUCGGCAAUUGAUCAAGCUAUCCUGGAGAUGCGGUGCUACUUUGACAAGAUCACACUUCCAUUCUUCUAAGAAUAUUUGUCUUUAUAACAAACCAACAUAUAGUAAAAUAAGAUAUUAUUAUAGUAGUAUCAAAGUUCAACAAUGUAGACAAUUAAACACAAAAAGCCAUUCUUUUAAAAAAGAGACUGAAAAUGUUGAAGAAAUUGGUAUAGACAAAUGGGAUGGAUUUGGAACAGUUUUAAAGGAGUUUCAUUUAGCUGUUAUCGAGUCAAACACUCAGUUCACUGUUCAGUAUUUUGAAGAUCUGGAAUCAAGAGUGAAAGAGGAAAAUCAUCAUAAAUCUAAACUAUUUGACAAUAUUGUUAUGAUAGCACUGGAAGAAGAUAAAAAUUUAGAUGGAGCUAAUAUAUUUUUAGAGUAUUUGUCCCAGAAAGGAAGAAAACUUGGAAUUAUUCCAAGAGUUGAGUACAUAGAGUUGUUAGGGAAAACUAACAGUAAUCAUGAGAAUGAUGACCUAAUUUACUCACAUUUCAAGGAAUGUGAAGGUUAUCUAGAUAUUUUAGACAGGAGGUUGUUACAAAAAUUAAUUGCUGCUUUUUCAACAACGACACAAUGGAAGAAAGGACUGGAAUUUGUAAACAAGGUUGAUUCUUUUAAAGGUUUACCAUUCUCAUUUUAUAUCCCUAUUUUAAAGGCUGCUUUGAACAAUCAAGAUUUAGAGUGCUUCAUUUCUACCUUUGACAAAGGAUACAAUGACAGACCUUCACACGACCCACAUGAAAGCAUUAUUCAAGAAAUUCUGGAGGAAACUAUAGAUGUAUGUAAAAAGUAUCCAGAAGGUCCAACAUUUGACUAUCUCCUCAACAUGCUUCAAAAGUAUUAUAUAUUUCCAAAUGAAGACACAGCUAAUGACAUUCAAAACUACUUGGAAAAGGUUUAUGGUUGUGAAGUAAAGAAAACUGUUAUUAAUUACAAGGGAGAGUGUAAAAGUUGUAUGAGAAAAAUGGAACAUGCUGAAUUAACAAAAGAAGAAUUUCAGGAAUUAAGAAGUGUAUUUCUUGAUCGUACCUUGUAUGAGGGUGACACCUUUUAUUGGACAUCACCAGAAGAGUUGAAGACAUUCCUAAGUUUUCUCGAAAAGAAUGGUCCAUUUGAUAUAGUGAUAGAUAAUCUGAAUUUGGUAUUUUCUCAAGUCACAAGGCCUAACCAACAUGGAAGUUCAUUUCAGAAGUGUCAAGAGGUUGUGGAUUAUUUGGCAAACAAAGGAAAGAGAGUAUUAGUUGUAACAAGAAAAACUUUCCCUAGAGAAUACAGAAAUGCAAACACAUUUAAAGUUGAUAGAAGUACACAUGACGACUCUUACAUGUUAUUUGGUGCAUUGUUCAGUGGUUAUUCCUGUAUGUUUAUGUCCAAAGAUUAUUUUCGUGACAGUAAGCAUAGACUAGGAACCAAACAUGGAGAGAUUUUCCAAAAAUGGCAGAGAUCUAGGCAGGUUAGCUUGCUAACAAAAGCAUACAGUGAUCACUUUACUGUUCUGUGGCCAAGGACCUAUGAUCCACGAGCACAGAUGACAGACGAUGGUGCUUUACACAUACCUUUUAGAAGUGAAUAUGACAGGAGGACAUCUUAUGAAACUCCAACAACUUUCCUGUGUGCAAAAUUUAAUAUUAAAUAAAUCAGUUUAAUAUAGAUAUAUUUUGUAUGAUUGGCGUUUUACACAUACCAUAUACUAUAUAAGGAAAAUGACAAGAAACUUUUCUGUAUGCAAAAUUUAAAAUUGAUUAAAUUAGUUCUUGUAUA